AACAUAAGCAUUUCGCUGCACCAGCUAUAUACAUCUGCUAAAUAUGUGUACACGACCAUUACAAUUUGAUUUGUCUACGUAUAAUUCAUGACGUCGAGAGUAGGUGGAGGAAGUUUAAAUUUGGUGCCGACCCACGUGUGUGGUUUGGUUUCAGGCAAGGCGGGGAUGGCUUGCUGUUGAACGCUCAGAAUCGUAUGCUACGAGAGCAAAGCUUUCUGGUAUUCCUUCAUUGUUUUGAUACAAGCCGAGGUUCUCGCUGGAUUCUCUAGGUCAAAUUUUUUUAAUGCAGCUUGCUGUCAUUUUCUCCAACGUUGUCGAGCGAUGGAGAAACGCCCAUCUGCAAUAAUUCUUCUGACCUUCGCCUCCUCUGCACACCGAAGCGUAUUCCUUGGAUCCAGCGAUGCGGGGAGCAUUCUGACUUUGAUUGUCAGUUGAAUUGACAUUUAUUUAACGUGAAGUGCCUACCUACAAUCUAUUCUACCGAUUUAACGUAAUAUUUUAAAGAAUCACGACUGAAGCAGAUGCCCCUGGUUCUGUCACCCCUGCUAUACUAUGUUGGAAUUUCCAUCUCUCAUUCCAUAUUGGCCUCUCAUCAGCUUUCUGGUGCCUAUGGCUAUUACCAAUGUGGCCAUCGACCUCGGUGAACAGGCUCUAAACCGGGGUUUAGCAGGCUUUAAAGAGGAUGCGGUUGAGAUGCUUGCCAGCUAUGGGCUGGCCUAUUCGCUAAUGAAGUUCUUUACUGGGCCCAUGAGUGAUUUCAAGAACGUGGGCCUGGUGUUUGUCAACAGCAAGAGGGACCGGGGCUGUGCUGUGCUGUGCAUGGCGGUAGCAGGCUCUAUGGCAUUCAUCAUUCAUGUUCUCAUCGCCCAGACAGACCUAGGCUACUACAUUAUCAAUAAGCUGCAUCAUGUGGACGACUCCGUGGGCAACAAGACCAGGAGGGCUUUCCUCUACCUGGCAACUUUCCCACUGCUGGACGCCAUGUCUUGGAUACAUGCUGGAAUCCUCCUCAAGCACAAAUACAGUGUCAUUGUAGGCUCUGCCUCCAUCUCUGAUGUCAUCACCCAGAUUGUGUUUGUGUCCGUUCUGACACAUAGUAACCUGCCGUGUGUGGAGCCCCUUCUCAUCCCCAUCCUCGCCCUGUACAUGGGAGCCCUGGUGCGCUUCGUCAUCGUGGGCCUGGGCUACUACUACAACAUUCACGACAACAUCCCGGACUCCAGUGGCGUUGACGUAGGGGGAGAUGUCACCAUCGGGAAGAUGUUGAGUUUCUGGUGGCCUCUGGCCCUCAUCCUGGCUACCCAGCGGAUCAGCAGGCCCAUCGUCAACCUCUUCGUGUCCCGGGACCUCCAUGGCAGCAGCGUAGCUACUGAGGCUGUGGCUGUCCUCACUGCCACCUACCCUGUGGGUCACUUGCCGUACGGCUGGCUGACUGAACUGAGGGCCAUCUAUCCUGCUUUCGACCAGACCAAUCCCAGCAAUAAGCUUACUUCUGACACACCGGUUACAAAGACGCAUAUCAAAAAGUUUACAGCCUGUUGUUUGGCAAUAUCACUUACGCUCUGCUUCAUGGUGUUCUGGAACCCUCACAUCACAGAAAUGAUCCUGAUGAAUGUGAUUGGGGUGGACUUGGCCUUCGCUGACCUCUGUGUUGUUCCACUGAGGAUCUUCUCCUUCUUCCCUCUGCCAGUGAUAGUCCGGUCCAACCUGACCGGUUGGUUCAUGACCCUGAAGAUGACCUUUGUGCUGGCCCCCAGCUCUGUGCUCCGCAUCAUCGUCCUCAUCACCAGCCUGGUCAUGUUGCCUUCUAUUGGUGUCCACGGGGCAACUCUGGGGGUUGGGUCCUUGUUGGCUGGUUUCGUAGGAGAGUCUAUCAUGGUGGCCCUAGCUGCCUGCUAUGUCUAUCAAAAACAGAAAAACUAUGAGAUUGGAGAGGAGUCUGUUCCUCCGAGUGAGGUGUGUUCCAGAACUCAGAAGGACGCCAUCGAGGAGCUCCAGGAGGAACAUAAGUAGAGGCACUCGGAGGGAAAGGGACAGGAGAAAAUGGAGUUAAAAGCCACAGAGAAAGGGAAUUCCAGUGGGUAGGUCCUAAUACCGGACCUGAGAGAACAACUGAGGGGAUCACACAGUCCUUAACCUUUUACACUCAUACUCAUAUACUGGUUGAAAAGUGUAGGUCUGGGCACUAAUAAGAGCCUGAAUUGGAAUGUUGUGGCUGUACAGUAACACGCUAUAUAUGAUGUCACAGCGGUGUAUGGGUUUUGACUGACAGCCAUUGAGCACCCUGUGCGACAAGAAGUUGCCCCCAUCCCUCCUGAUAAUUGGGCAACUCUUGCAAUUUUUGUCCGAGAAUGCUUUAAAUGAAAAUGACUAUAUUUUGAAAAAUGAGAUGAGGAUUAUAAUAAAUGUCGCUUUGAUGUCAAACCA